UGAUAAUCAUGUUGGACUUCGCAAUAUUUGCUGUGACUUUCCUGGUGUCAUUGCUCGGGCUGUUGAUAUAUCUCUACCCGGGUUCUGCUAAGCCAAGCACCAUUCCAGGACUAGAACCUACUACACAAGAAGAUGGAAAUGUGUCGGACAUCAAGCGAGCUGGAAGUCUUCAUGAGUUUUUAUUGGACCUACAUAGGCAGUUUGGUUCCAUAGUGUCAUUCUGGAUUGGGCGAGAAUAUAUUGUCAGCAUUGCAUCACCAGAACUCUUUAAAGAACACCAGGGAGUUUUUGAUAGACCUCCAAGUAUGUACAAAAUGUUUGAGCCACUGAUUGGUCCAAAGUCGAUUCAAUUUGCUAACAAGUCAGAUGGAAGAACAAGACGGAAUGUGUAUGAUAAAGCUUUCUCCCACGACACCAUAAAGUGUUACUACCAAACAUACCAAGAUGUGGCUGAUGACCUUGCUAAGAAAUGGUCAUCACUGGUGAAGGAAGAACAUGUUCCACUGUCCAUCCAUAUGUUUGCAUAUGCCCUCAAGAUUUCACUCAUCACAAUGUUUGGAAAGACAUUUUCUAAUGACAAAGAUAUCCUGGAGUUUCAGCACUGCUAUGAUGUUAUCUGGUCAGAAAUGGAGAGACGGCUGACAGAAAAUGAACCUGAGAAGGGCAGUCCAAGGGAAAAAGCCUUUGAAGAAGGGUUAGAAAAGGCAACAUCUCUUAUCAAGAAAGUUGUAAAAGAACGUCGUGACAAUCCACCAAUCCAGGGCCAGGAACUGAUAAUAGAUUUCAUUAUAAAUCUCUCUGGUAAUGAUGACGAGCUUAUUACAAGUGAUGCCCUAACAUAUGCAGUGGGAGGCUUCCAUACAACAGGCAAUGUGCUUACCUGGGGAUUUUACUUUCUGGCCACACACCCGGAGCUCCAAGAGAAAGCAUUCCAGGAGAUCAAAAAAGAACUCAAGAACCAGGAAGUGGAUCACACAAACCUAGAUGCUCUCCCGUAUAUACGUCAGGUUGUGGAUGAAACACUUAGAUGCGCUGUUGUUGCUCCACAUGCUGCACGAUUUCAAGAUUUUGAUUCAGAGCUCGGUGGGCACAAGAUUCCAAAGAAUACUCCUGUGAUUCAAGCCUUGGGAGUAUUGCUGAAGGAUGAGAAAUAUUGGCCCCUCCCAAACAAAUUCGAUCCCGACCGAUUUAGUCCAGAAAACGUGAAAACCAGGCCGCCAAUGACAUUUCAACCGUUUGGAUUUGCUGGAAAACGUGUUUGCCCAGGCUAUCGGUUUGCUUAUGCAGAGGCAACAGUCUGUCUUGUAACAUUGCUGAGAAAAUUUAAGGUCAAAUUAGUGGAUGACCAAGUGGUCAACCCUAUUCAUGGACUGGUCACGCAUCCAGAGGAAGAAAUCUGGAUCAAUAUUGAAAAGCGUUGAGGAUCCUCUGCUUAGUUUUAAAAUAAAACUUGCUGAAGAAGUGUCACGAUGACAUGAUUUCCCUGUUUCUAUAGAAAUAUGAAGAUAGAUUUGAUAAUGGAAAACAUGCAAUUUGUGAUUAACAACCUAAUUUUAAGUAUUAAGUAUUGAUAUAUUUAAUAAUGGAAAAAGUGCAAUUUGUGAUUGAAAACCUAAUUUUGAGUAUUAAGUAUUGAUAUAUUUCAGAAAGAAGAUCGUGCUUAUAAUCCACUUGACAAAUGUACAAAUUCAAAAAUGUAUUUAGAUUUUCUACGAUCAAUCAAUGUUGCUUUUAGGUCACCUGAGACAAAGUCUCUGUUGUGUAUCUAUGAACUUUUUACAUUUGUGACUUCUGCUGGAAAACCCCUCAAAAUUAUUUCCUUGAAAUUUUGCAUAUUCCUUCUGUGGCAUAAGGUGAACCAAACUGGGCCUGAGGGGGUGUGGCAAAAAGAGGUCAAAUUUUUUAAAUUUCAUAAAUCCUCUCAAUAUGAAUGUAUGGUAGAAUCACAUACUCUUCAUAGAUUGAAGGUGCUUUACCAAAUUAGAAAAUUUCAUUAUGCCAGGGUCUUGCAUUUCUCCCUGAGGAGGAGGUUAUGUUAAUUUUAGGUUCUAAAGCAAAAUCACAUUCAUGGGCAUAAUUUGUGUAUUUUCUGUUGAAAAUUGUUCAAACUUGUUUAGAACUAUUAGUAAUAUGAUGACAGGUUGAUGGUAUGGGCAUAUUGAUCCUUGCUGAUCCCCAAGGCCUGAUGGACAGGGCCAAAAGGGGUCAAAAACAUUUCAGAUUUCAAAAAUCUUCUCGAUACCCAGAUAGGACAGUAUAGACUCUAUUAAAUAUUCUUCAUGGAUGGAAUAAUUUACAUAUUUGAAAAUUAUAAUUUUGAGUGUAAUUUCUUUAAAUCCAAACUUGGUCAGAAGCCUUAGCAUGGGUUGGCAGUUAAUGUUAUGCACAUGACAUGUACAUUGAGGUAUCUUACUUUGUCAACAAGAUUAUAUCUAUGACAUGUUACGAGAACUACAGCAUCAUGAUUCAGGUGACCAGUAAUAUCUUUGGUCCUCUUGUUUCCGUGUGAUGUAUUCAACACACAUCGAGUCCUACCCUCAUGUGCAGUAGUAAAAUUGAUGCUCUGAAAAUGUUGUUUGCUCAUCACACUUACAUACAAAAUCUACAAUCAAUACACAAUUGACCCAGUGUUAAAGAAGUCUAAGGUAUUUCUCUGACAUUUUCUGAUAUUUUCUUUCUCUAUUUGAAGAUAGUAUCAAUACAUUGGAAGAGAUAGAGCAGCUUAGUGUUAUUGAUAUAGGAUAUUCCCCAUUUCUUGGUGAAUAACUGUUUUAUAUUAAUCAAGUGGGAUGGAAAAUUUGAUGUUUGAAGUUUCAAUCUCGGAUAUGAUAGAAUUGUUUUUCAUUAAAAAACAUUCACACCUUUCAUUGAUACCAGUUUGAAUUGAUCUCUCUGUCUAUAUCUGAAAUGAUUUAUCACUAUUACUCUGCAGAACAAAUAGCUUCACAUCUAAGACAUUUCAAACUAUACAACAGCAAGUAACAAUUUUAUACAAAAUGUUAAAUUCAGAUUGAUCAGGAUUAAUUCAUUUAAGGAAAGUGAGUUUCCUACCAUUUCUAUGCAAGUUGUUGUUCCUGAAGCAUUGUUUUCUGGGAUACUGGGUAACUGAUGUUUUCACUGGUAUGCAGUUAUUUGAUUGGUCAAAAAUGAGUGAAAAGAUCAAAACAUGUUAUUUUUCUCAAUGUUCUUUUUCAUUAGAGUGAAAUUAUCAGAUAUUUUCUCUAUAAAACCUUCUAUUUCACUGCGAAAAUGUAAUAAAAUUGCACUUUUGUUGCGGAAACAGGAAGGUAUCCAGUAUUUGGACACUCCCAUCUCUUUUGAUGGUCCCUAUCAAUAGCUGAAGGAAUUAUGUAGCUGGUCACACUGGACAGUUUUAUACAUUGAAGUUAAAUACAUUAGCUACUGUGCUGUUACACUGUUAUAUUUCUGUAGGAUCACAUACAAUCAGAAUCACUAAAGCUAUUUACAUGUAUUAAUGAGUAGGGCUUGAUGGCAAAAGAUUGGUGCUUUUUCUCAAAUAAAACUUCAAUUAUACAUUUAGA